GUAUUGUGUGUCUCUCUGUUGACAAAUGAACGCAUUUCAAACUUUACUCAUGUAAAGUGUUAAAAACGCGAGCUUAGAGUGUUUUCUCAACAUGGCCUUUUCUUCAUAUCACGUUGCUGUGCCGCUUUGUUUUGCGGUUUUAUCGGUGGCGGUGGCCGCGAUUGGACAGAAGCUGGCGAUGCCGUCUCCCCUGCCUGCCGUCCUCGGUGUCUGCUCUCUUGCCGGGAUGGCGCUCAUGUGGAGGGACUUGAGCUCGAAGGUAAAGGGUGAAAACCGCACACUAAGCAGCCUGCUCAGUCAGUAUCUGGCGGUGAAAGGUGUCGGCUGGCUGGGCGGGCGGCAGAGACGAAAACUUGAAGCCGACACUCUGAACGUGAAGCAGGUCCAGGAGGAAACUCUGCUCAAGCGCCUGCGUAAAAAUGCAAACACAUGUUAUGGAACACGGUACGACUUCAGCUCGAUUACAGACAGCAAUGUCUUCAGGGCACGUCACCCCAUCACCACAUACGAGCACUAUCGUGAUCUCGUCAGUCGAAUCGCUGUCGGAGAGGAGAAUGUGAUUCUCGCUGAGAAGCCGCUGAUCCUUGCCAUGACCUCUGGGACGUCAGGACCCAGCGCCAUGCUGCUAAGCACCAAGGACACCAACACUGAGUUCUUCCUGCAGGGAGUGGCUGUGUGUUUGGAGGCCAUGAGAACGGCAUUUCCAGCGACUGACAGCCUCCAGCGCACCACCAAGUUCUUCUACACUCCGACUUUUCGACAGUCUGAAGCCGGUAUCCCCAUUGGACCCAACUCCUCCACUCCAGCCUCCUCCAGACACAUGCUCAACCUCUACACUACCCCAGCACCAGCCUUUGAGGUUCCCAGUGAGAAGGAUACCCUCUACCUGCACCUCCUGUUUGCUCUCAAAGAUCCCAGUGUGGGAACCAUUGAGUCCAACUUUGCCUCCACAGUCUUCUAUGCAUUCAGUGCUUUACAGGAUCGCUGGCAGGAGCUCGUUGACGACAUUGAACAUGGAAAGGUUAGCAGCGCUCUUGCUCUGGAGCCCAAAGUGAGGUCCAGAAUCGAGGCUCUGAUGAAGCCAGACCCAAAGAGGGCCGCUGAACUCAGGGCCCACUUCCAGGACGGCUUCCUUGGGAUCGCUAAACGUCUGUGGCCUCACCUUCACGUGGUGCUGGCGGUGGACUCGGGCUCCAAUCAGAUCUAUGGAGACAUGUUGAGGGAGAACUACUGCCAGGGAGUGUCUUUCUAUUCACCAUUUUACGCUGCUACUGAAGGGCUGAUUGGGGUGAACCUGUGGCCUCAGGAGCCAAACAGACGCUACCUGCUGUGUCCUCGCUCGAUGUUCUGCGAGUUCCUGCCGGAGAGCAGCCUGGAGGAGAACACACCUCCAACCCUGCUGAUGGAGGAGGUGAAGGAGGGACAGAACUAUGAGCUGGUUGUCACAAACGCAUCAGGACUCUUCAGAUACCGUGUUGGAGACAUUCUGAAAGUAGUUGGAUUUCACAACCAGUGUCCCAUUGUUGAGUUUCAAUACAGACGGGGUCAGAUGUUGAACGUUCGAGGGGAGAAAGUGUCAGAGGCUUUGUUCCUUGAUGCUCUGAAGACAGCUGUUUCUCAGUGGCCAGGGGCUCAGCUGGUGGACUACUGCUGCGCAGAGAGCGGCAUCAUGGGAGAUUCAAUAGGCGGCACAGAUCCUCAUUAUCAGGUCUUUGUUGAGCUGAAAGGUGUGAGGAACCUGACCGAGGAGCAACGAUACAAGCUGGACGUCUGUCUCCAGCAGGACUCGGCUGUCUACAAGUCGUUCCGCAUCAAAGGCAGCAUCGGACCAAUGAGGGUGCAGCUGGUGGCCGAUGGUGCGUUCAAGGAACUUCGCAAGCACAUGAUGGCCUUCUCGAACACCUCGCCAAACACUUUCAAAAUGCAUCGAGUGCUGCGGAGGAAAGCAUAUGCGGACUUCCUUUUGGGGAAAACUGUUUCCUGAGCCCUGUAGAGACAGAGUUUGUGGACUCUGACUGUGGUGAGCGCUGACUGAAUGAAACUUCUCCAGUUUUUAUAUCAAACACUUUAUAUGGGUGAGUUGAGGAGCUGUGCCUUUGGGAACUGAUGAACAAAAAACGCAACAUGAACCUUCUUUUGAUGAUUGAAAGUGAUGUUAAUUUGACUGACUCAACUUAUUUAUUUUAAUAUUAACGUCGACUCUUGAACUCUUACUGUGGUUGUAUUUAAUUGUGAAUGACUGCAACAGAAAUGUAUCAAACCUGGUUUCAAUUUUGUCGCCUUAUCAGUCCUGAGAUACAGUAUAUUUUUCUGUAAAGUUUCAGGCAGUCAAAAAAAAAAGCAAAAAAUACCACCUAGGAAAUCUCCUCAUUACCCUUUCUUAAACAUAUAAACUGUUUGUACUAAUACAUUCUUAAAGAUGUGCUCUGUUUCAAUGAUACUGUUCUUGGUUUUUGAAUGUUGCAGCGGCACCACAGUUACAUUGUCCUAAAGAGCCGGCACCUGUGAAGAUUGAAGCAACACUUUGCACGACUUAUAUCUAGAAUAAAACCCCUCCUGUUUACCUCAAUAAUGGAAAAUUGGCCUGUAUGCAAAAGUGGAAAACAUUCUGAACCAUCUUUUUUUUUCAAGCUGUAGAAAUUAUUAAAAAAGUUAAACCAAUUAAAAAAGGGGUUGAUUGGAAUUUCAACCAUAAUAAGCAGUUUAUAUUAACUCUAAAAAGUCUUCAUUUACCCUUUGAGUAUCGACUGAAAGACAAUCUGUUACAUUCUGCAUGCAUUGGUUACUGUAUGUAUUAGAUUGCGCUUGUUGUGUACAUGCAGUACUUUUCUUUGACCACUAGGGGGAGUGAGUCUAGCAUGUAAGACUGUUAAAGUAGCUGCUGUCUUAUCCUGAGCCCUGGUCUUAAAUGUUGUCCUAACCACAACAGUGGAUUCAUAGUCAUGGCACAUGUGUUUCUUUGACUCACAUACCACAGAAAAACAAUUAAAAAAAACAUUAAAAAACACUUUUCUUGCUUUUAAAAGCAGAAGAGGGGGGUUUAUGUUGACUAAGCAGAACGUAAAGGCUUGUUAUAUAGCCUGACUGAAACAUCAGUGUUUACAUUUUUGAAAUAUUUUAAUCUAUCAAAGUUUAGCGUCUUUAAAAUCAUUUUUUUGUCUUUUGGAAGCUAAAACAAAAAGCAGUUGAACAACACAGAAGCCUAUUUUCUACAAGCCUGUCACUGGUGUGUUGUCGUUGGCACGCUUCUCUCCUGCAGGUCCCUCUGUUCAGAAAGUGGGCUAAUAUUUAUAGAAACGUCCCACUUCGGCUUGGAUUUGACAUUGCUCUUGCUCUUUCUUGCUCCAUAGUGUGAUUAGACCUAAACAGGAGUAGGUUUUUUUUUUUUUUUUUUAAAGGUGUAUCUAUCUCACCGGGGCCCAGACUGAAUGAGAUGAUGAGUCGAACAACAGAACCUGACAUAUUGUUUUCCUCUCUGGAAAAUGUAUGACGACAGUUUAGAAGUAGCUGCUUUGAUCUUUUCUUUUUUUUUUUUGCAGAAGGUUAACGCUUUCUGGGGCUUAUUAAAGCCUCUGACAACUAUGAUCAAGUGCCUUUGAGCAAUACACCAAGCAGAGCCAACCUCGUACCGCGUGUUGGUAAGGAAUUCUUUUGACAGUUUGGGAAAUGGACUGAUUUGCUUCUUGGCAGAGAGUUAGGUGUCAUAAUAAGUUUGAAGCUAUUGCAUAUUUGUAGCUAUAAAUAUCUGCAGUAUAGAUUAAACACUAAGCAAAAUCUGAUUACUAUGACAAAACCUGACUCAUUACAAUACUAUGUUUUGUUUGUUUUUAAUCAGGAGAGUUGUAUUUAAAUCAGUAUCAGAAAUGCCCCUUACACAUCCAUAGAUGUGCUUUCUGGAAUUGGAAAGUAUGCCAUUACUGUAUGAUCCAAUGCCAUGAUUAAUCGGCUCCUAAAUCAUCGACUUCUUCUCCUACAGAACAAUAAACUAUAAAGCAAUGA